CCCAUUCCCCCGUCUGCAGCUCCAUCCCCGCCCCCUCUCUCUCCCCGCCCCUCCAGCGCCGCCGCCGCUCCCGAAAGGAGGCGAACGGAGCCGAAUUAUUCCGAACGAUCCCGAACCGGAGCCGAACGGACCCGAACAGGAGCUGAACGGUCCCGAACCGGAGCCGACUCGUUCCGAACGAUUCCGUCCCGGAGCCGAACUUAGACGAAGGGUCCCGAAAGGAGACGAAGGGACCCGAACACGGAUCCGAAGGGUCCCGAACCAGAGCCGAACGGGUUCCGAACAGAGACGAAGAGAAGCCGAACCGGGCCCUACUCGGUCCGAACGAUCCCGAACCGGAGCCGAACGGAGCCGAACGAUCCCGAACGGAGCCGAACGAAGCCGAUCGCGGGCGGGGGCCGGAGGGGCCCCGGCGGCCACUGGAACGAUGCUGCGACCCGGCCCGCACCACCCGGGGCCCUGAAGCCAGAGAUGCCCCUUGGCCAUGGCGGCCCCGGCGCCCCUUAAGAUGCCAGCGGCGUCCCCGGCGCCGCCAGCGCCCAUCCUGCUGCUGCUGCUGCUGCUCCUGGCGGCACCGGCGGUGCCGGGGGCUGCGCCCACACCCUGCCCGGCCGCCUGUACCUGCAGCAACCAGGCAAGCCGGGUGAUCUGCACCCGGCGCGAGCUGCUGGAGGUGCCCUCGAGCAUCUCAGUGAACACCCGCUACCUGAACCUGCAGGAGAACCACAUCCAGGUGAUCCGCACCGACACCUUCAAGCACCUGCGGCACCUGGAGAUCCUGCAGCUCAGCCGCAACCUGGUCCGCAAGGUGGAGGUGGGCGCCUUCAACGGGCUGCCCAACCUCAACACCCUGGAGCUGUUCGACAACCGGCUCACCACGGUGCCAACACAGGCGUUCGAGUACCUCUCCAAGCUGAGGGAGCUGUGGCUGAGGAACAACCCCAUCGAGAGCAUCCCAUCCUACGCUUUCAACCGGGUGCCGUCGCUGCGGCGCCUCGACUUGGGCGAGCUGAAGCGUCUCGAGUACAUCUCGGAGGCUGCCUUCGAGGGGCUGGUGAACCUGCGCUACCUCAACCUGGGCAUGUGCAACCUCAAGGAGAUCCCCAACCUCACCGCCCUGGUGAGGCUGGAGGAGCUCGAGCUGUCGGGGAACCGGCUGGGCCGGGUGCGCCCGGGGUCAUUCCAGGGUCUGGGGAGCCUGAGGAAGCUGUGGCUGAUGCAUGCGCGGGUGGCGGCGGUGGAGAGGAACGCCUUUGACGACCUCAAGGCCCUGGAGGAGCUCAACUUGGCCCACAACGACCUGGCCUCACUGCCCCACGACCUGUUCGCUCCCUUGCACCGCCUGGAGCGCGUCCACCUCCACCACAACCCGUGGCGCUGUGACUGCGACGUGCUGUGGCUCAGCUGGUGGCUGCGGGAGACGGUGCCCAGCAACACCAGCUGCUGCGCCCGGUGCCACGCACCGCCGGCGCUGCGGGGCCGGUACCUGGGCGAGCUGGAGCCAGGCCACUUCACCUGCUACGCGCCUGUCAUUGUGGAGCCGCCAGCUGAUCUCAACGUCACCGAGGGCAUGGCGGCCGAGCUCAAGUGCCGCACGGGCACAGCCAUGACCUCGGUCAACUGGCUGACGCCCAACGGGACACUGAUGACGCACGGCUCGUACCGGGUAAGGAUCUCCGUGCUGCAUGAUGGCACACUCAACUUCACCAAUGUGACGGUGCAGGACACGGGCCAGUACACCUGCAUGGUCACCAAUGCCGCUGGCAACACCACGGCCUCGGCCACGCUCAAUGUCUCGGCUGCCGAUGCCGCUGCUGCUGCCGCUGCCGCUGCAGCAGCGGCCACAGGCUAUACCUAUUUCACCACGGUCACUGUGGAGACCACCGAGGGUGGCGGCGAAGAACAAGCCCCCCAGACCCCGCCAGCGCCCACGGCACCCGGGUGGGACCCCUCUGGUGGCUCCACGGCAGCACCGGCCACGCGUGCCACGGGGAAGCCCUUCACGGUGCCCAUCACCGCCGCUGCCGCCGCGGGCGCCGGGGCAGCGGGCGGAGGUCUCCAAGACCUGGACGACGUUCUGAAGACCACCAAGAUCAUUAUCGGGUGCUUCGUGGCCAUCACCUUCAUGGCGGCUGUGAUGCUGGUGGCCUUCUACAAGCUGCGCAAGCAGCACCAGCGCCACAAGCACCGUGGGGGCCCCGCGCGGGCCGUGGAGAUCGUCAACGUUGAGGACGAGCUCUCGGGGGGCCUGGUGGGGGCGGGGGCGGUGUUGGGGGCACGGCAGGGGGUGGGGACGUCAGGGGACAACAGGCUGGCACUGCCAGCACUGGAGAGGGAGCACCUGGACAGGUACGCGGCGCUGGCUGCCCACUACGGGGGCCCGGCGGCGGCACUGGGGUGCGGGAAGACCCCCCUGCUCAACUCGGUGCAUGAGCCACUGCUGUUCAAGAGCCCCUCCAAGGAGAAUGUGCAGGAGACCCAGAUUUGACCGCCCCCACCACCCGAAAAAAAUGAGGGGUGGGGACCCCCUUCUCCUGCACAGAGACUUGGAUCCAACCCCCCCGGAAAGGGGGAAUGGGGACCCCCCCCCUAGACCUAGACUUGACCCCCCUGAAAUGAGGGGAACAGGGACCCCCUUCUGCCCAGAGACUUGGAUCUGACCCCCCCAGAAAGGGGGAACGAGGACCCUCCCUAAACCUGGAUGUGAGCCCUGCAGAAAGGGGGAACGGGGACUCCCUAAACAUGGACUUGACCAACCCUGAAAUGAGAAGGUGUGGGGACUCCACAGACCUGGACCUGACCCCCUGAAAUGGGGGAACAGGGACAAUCCCCUUGACCUGUGGACUGGGAUGUGACCCCACCCCCAAAAUGAGGGACAUGGAGACCCUCCUCCUAAACCCCAGACUGGGACUUGAACCCCCUGAAAAAGGGGAGAGUGGAUCCCCCCCCAACCUGGACUUGACACCCUGAAAUGGCAGAAAAAAGAGACCCCCCCCUAAACCUGGACUUGACCCCCCUGGAAAGAGGGGGAGUGGGGACUCCCCUUAAACCACAGACCUGGAUCUGACCCCCUACAAACCCCUCCUCUUCCAGAGCCCCUCCAAGGAGAAUGUGCAGGAGACCCAAAACUGACCCCUCCCCCAAAAGAAAAUGAGGAGUGGGGCCCCUCUUCUCCUGCCCAGAGACUCGAAUCUAACCCCCCCAAAAAGGGAAGGAACAGGGACCCGCAUAAACCACAGACCUGAAUCUGACCCCCACAAAGUGGGGGGGGGAGUGUGGGGACCCUCCCCACACCACAGAUCUGGAUCUGACUCCUCUGAAACUGGGGAGUGGGGACACCCCCCCAACUUAUGAACCUGGAUCUGACAAGCCCCCCUCUCAAAACUGGGGACACAGGAACCCCCCGGAACCACAGACCUGGAUCUGACCACCCCAAAACAGGGUGAGUAGUAUGGGGACCCCCCCAAACUUAGAUCUGACACCCCCCCCCCCAAAACAGGGGCACACAGGGGGACCCCAUAGACCCAGCUCUGACCCUCCAAGAGGAGGGGGCGGCAUCAGAACCCUCCCACCAAAAAAUCCCACCCCGUGGUUCCCACCUGCCCAUUUUUUCGGGGGGAGGGGGAGAAUU